AUGACUUUCCUCGUGGGCCGGUCAUUAAGCUAUGCCAUCACGGCCACUGCUGGCAGUGGCUUCUUGCUAUUCGGUUAUGACCAGGGCGUUAUGUCCAGUCUGUUGACUGGAAAUGCCUUUGUUGCUACAUUUCCUGAAAUUGACACUACCAACACCGGGCACGGUAGUUCUUCUUUGCAAGGCACAGUUGUUGCCAUUUAUGAAAUUGGUUGUUUCUUGGGUGCAAUUAUAUCUUUGCUCGUUGGCGAGCGACUUGGUCGACGAAAGUGUAUCAUGGCUGGAUGUGUUGUGUUGAGCAUCGGUGCCGCACUUCAAUGCAGUGCCUAUAGUAUUCCUCAUCUGAUCGUCGGGCGAAUUAUUGCAGGUAUUGGAAAUGGUCUCAACACUAGUACCAUUCCGGUCUGGCAUUCUGAGCUGAGUAAGGCAGCAAGCCGAGGGAAAGGAUUGGCCAUCGAGCUAGCCAUCAAUAUUUUCGGUGUUAUGCUUUCGUACUGGGUUGAUUACGGGAUGAGUUAUGUCAAGAACGAGGCACAAUUCCGUUUCCCUAUCGCACUGCAAAUCCUUUUCGCCAUAGUCACCUUCUUCGGCGUACUUUGUCUCCCCGAAUCUCCAAGAUGGCUUAUUAAACAUGGCCAUGAAAAUAAAGCUCGUCACAUUAUUUGGUCGCUCCAGCGCAAUGCUCGGGAAAUUGACGAAGAUGACCCGGUUGUCAACGUGGAUGUCACAGAAAUAUCUCGUGCAGUUGAAGAAGAACAAGAAGCAUCUUCCGGUGGAUCAUUCAGACUUCUCUUCGAGAACAACAAGCAACGGUUCUUAUAUAGAACUCUUCUCGGCAUGGGUGGCCAAGCCAUGCAACAGCUGUCUGGAAUUAAUCUGAUUACCUACUAUGCUACCGUAAUCUUUGAGCAGUCAGUCGGAAUGUCACAUCACACGGCACUGCUAUUGGCGGGAUUCAAUGGAAUCGCAUACUUCUUUUCUUCAUUGGUCCCCAUCUGGACAAUUGAGCGUCUGGGCCGCCGCAAGCUCAUGAUGUUUGCAGUUCUUGGACAGGGUUGCUGUAUGGCUGUUCUAGCAGGGACUAUUUGGGAUGGUGGACAUGCAGCUGGAUUGGUUGCGACAGUUAUGCUAUUCCUGUUCAAUUUCUUCUUCGCUGUAGGCCUUCUUGCUAUUCCUUGGCUCUUGCCGGCUGAAUAUUCGCCACUUGCAAUUCGAACCCGAUCAGCCGCUAUGGCGACUGCCACAAACUGGAUUUUCACUUUCCUCGUCGUGGAAAUCACACCGGUCAGCAUUUCCAACAUUGGAUAUAGGACUUACAUCUACUUUGCCGUGUUCAACUUUUGCUUCCUCCCACUCAUCUACUUCUUUUAUCCGGAAACACGUAACCUCACUCUGGAGCAAAUCGAUCGCUUGUUCACCAACGAAAAGGUUCAGCUCUAUUGGGACUCAUCUAUGGGAAUUGCGGGUGAUGUGGACACACGCGUUGGAAAUGCCACCGCCAAAGAUCUAGAGAGUGUAAAUGCUCAGCAUGUUGAGUGA